UUGUGUAUUUUAAAAACCAGUCUUUCUCGGUGUUGUAAGUAAAAAAAAAAAAUCCGGAAUGACCCUGAAGCAGCACUUAUCCGGCGUAGUCAUGUGUUAUGUGUUGUUUUUCUCCGCGCUGGGCAAACCAUUUGUGCUUCUCAUAGGAAGCUGUUAGUUUAGAGACUACUAUGAUGAAGACUUCUCUAAAUAUUCAUGAGCCAACCCAUCAUCAUGAAGGAUUGUCACGUUACCUCUUUUAUUUCAUGAGCCAAGCUUUACCAUUUUGAAGCACGGCUUCGCCAUAGUAGCGUUUGUAAUUAACCGUCAAACGGCACACAGAGAAAGAUCUUUUGCGUCCUAAACCCGAAAACUGGAAAUGAAAACUGGUUUUACGGACAGCCCAACCAUCACUCUCGAGUCUCGCAUGCUUAUGUCACGAGGAGUUUGAAUUUUUCCAUACCAGUUAGACUUUGUGGGGUUUCGAAGCACUCAACCGGAGGGUUGCACUAAUGCGUGGAGAGUGAUGUCACCCUCACGGAUGUUCUUCCUGUCUGCUGUGCUCUGCGUUGCCCUUUUUCAUCUCAUUCUGGGUCAGAACUGCUCAGAGCACUGUAAAGCUUGUGGAGGGCCAGAGAAAGACCAAUGUCUUCAGUGCCACACCGGAUUCAUCCUGCAUGACAACUUGUGUGUGGAUAUUGAUGAAUGUGGUACUGAUUUGGAUCGCUGUCCCGACAACACGUACUGCUUGAACACUCAUGGCUCUUAUGACUGCAAAGAAUGUGAUAAGGCCUGUAUUGGCUGUAUGGGUGGAGGAGCUGCCCGCUGUAAGAAAUGUGCUCCUGGUUUCAGAUCUUCAGGCAUGAGAUGCAUAGAUAUAGAUGAGUGCGGUGAGGAGGUGUUGGCCUGUCCUGGUGUCAAUGUGUUCUGUGUGAAUACAGAGGGGUCUUUUCACUGUCAGUGCGCAGGCGGAUACACACGCACGGGUAACACCUGUGAGAGGAGCCACAUGACAGCUUCUGCAGAUAAGGGUCUUUUUGAUGACAUUCAGGAGGAUGAAAUCGAGGUUCUGCAGCAGAUGUUCUUCGGUGUUGUUCUGUGCGCCUUGGCCACGUUGGCGGCUAAAGGGGACUUGGUGUUCACCUCCAUCUUUAUGGGGGCAGUGGCGGCCAUGGCUGGAUACUGGCUCUCUGAUAAGAGCGACCGAGUGAUAGAUGCCAUCUUGAAGGGGAGAUAAAUACAAAAGGGGCUUGAAAAGUUAUUUGCAGUGAUGUUUUCUACAAAGUCUGCUGCUUUUUGAGUUGGGCCAUUUCUUAUACAGUAAAAUGACUAUAUGUUGACAUCUAAAUGGCACAAGGAAGUCAAAAUGCUUUAUGAAGCUGCUAUAAUCAACAUCUUGUGUUAAAAUAAAGCAAUGAGCCACAAGAGGCCGUCCAUUACAGUAAUUUUACAUUGCAUAAGUGAUGUUCUUACAGUAACACAUGGCCUAAAGUGGCUUAUUGCUUCUAUAAAAUUGCAGCAACAGCAAAAAAACAACAAAGUAGUUUUCAUUCCACUCACUAGUUGUCUGUAUCGGGAAUAUGAUUUGGAUGAACAUGGGGCUGUAUUAAGGGCCUCGAAUCAUGUAUUUUAUAAAAUGUUGCUUAGAAAACGUCCUACAUUUGAUCCUACAAUCAUUUCUCUAAUGUGCGUACAUGUGAUUCAGAGACCGAACGAAUGCGCAAAAACGCCUCUCUUCCAGAUGUGAAAUCUAUAAAUCGCUAAUGAUCUCAGUAGACCCUCACUGCAGAACACGAGAUCCAGAUCCAGGGGGUGGAGAUGGGUAGCUUUAGAUCCAGGGGGUGGAGACGGGUAGGUUUAGGGAUAUAUAUAAAGUGGGAGGAGUUGGAUCCAGAUCCAGGGGGUGGAUAUGGGUAGGUUUAGAUCCAGGGGGCGGAGACGGGUAGGUUUAGGGAUAUGUAAAGUGGGAGGAAUUGGAUCUGGAGCCAACCUCGCCCCCUGGAUCUCGUGUUCUGCAGUGAGGACCAACUGAUCUUGAAAUAGUGCACAGCUGAAUGGUUUCAGAUCUCCGCCUUGUAAACGCUGCUUAAUUAAUAUCAUUAACAUAUAAAAGAGCAAAGUCCAAAUCCUGCACUUGAGAAUGGCGAGCGGCAAGAACUGCUUAAUUUCCAAGUACCUGCAAUACUCUGACUCUCUGCCACAAGGAAAAGUGUGUAGGCUAUGUCUGCUUAGACCCUGACGCAGCACUAAGUACUUUUCCACGUCAAAGAUUGUUUUUAUAAAUAUGAGCAUUGGCUUGGAUUUUAUCAUAGGCCUACUACGCAAGUUCAAAUCUGUGUGUAUGCAUGUUUUAUAAAUGAGGCCCCUGCUGUCAUUUGUUAUUGAAUUGUUUGUGUUUAAGUAGCCUUCAGGUAGCAAACUAACAGUUUAGCCUACUAGCAUAGCACUUUUCUUAACUGGUUAAGAAAAGUUUUGAUUAGGUGUAACGUGAUAUAACACUGUUUUCGAUCAGACUUUGAGGGCAAAUUAAUAUAGUGAGCUGGUUUUUAUGGCGCAUUGUGGGAAUUUUUGGGUGAAUUGCUUAUUGCAGUUGUAUGAGAAACAUGUCUACAUAAGCUUAAUACUAGCGUACUAAAUGUACACUACUGUUCAAAGUUUGGAGUCUGUAAGAUUUUGUUUUUUAUGCUUACCAAGGUGGCAUUUAUUUGAUCAUUUAUUUGAUAUAAAUAUUAUAAAACAUUAUUACAAUUUCAGUUUCCUUCAGAAAUCGUUCUAAUGUGCAGAUUUGAUAGUAAGACAUGUUGAAAAUAGCUGUGCUGGUUAAUAUUUAUGUGGAAACUGUUAUGUUUUUAAGAAUAGAAAGUUCAAAAGAGUUCAAUUUAAUGUCCUUCCAAAAGAAUAAAAUAAAAUCCUCACUGUCCCCAAACUUUUGAACAGUGGUGUAUAUGAUAUAAAAUGUACUUUUAUGAGGACACUGUAACACUCUUUGGACUUCAACUAAUAAACUUUUAUUUGUU